UCAGUUAUUCCCUAGACUGACCUGCCAUGAAGUCGACCACUCUCUCUUUCUGCCUCUUUCUCGUGUCGUCUGCUUUUGCCUCUGUGGAGAAGCGAAAUACUGUCUGCUAUGAUCCAUUUGGCUGCUUCUCCUCUGAUGGUCUUCUAAAGACGCCUCAAAGUACUUCUGUAGUAAACACAUACUUCAGGUUGUAUGUACAAGGGCAUUCAUCUCAUAUAAAUGAGAUUGGAGGACCUGGCUGGGAGAGGGAGGUAGAUUCCUUUACACAACAUGUCAGUGCGACAAGGAAAACAAAGGUCCUUAUUCACGGAUUUUUGGACAAUGGACGGACGCAUUGGAUAAUGCAAGCAAAGAAUGAGUUACUGAAAAAGGGUGACUUUAACGUUAUUAUCGUAGACUGGGGCUCAGGAUCGAAAUGGCCUUACGAACAGGCAUCAGGCAAUGGAUUUUUGGUUGGAGCCGAGUUGGCCUCCCUUUUAACCUAUCUACGCGACCACUCCCAUAUCAAGCUUUCUGAUGUCCACAUUAUUGGUCAUAGUCUUGGUGCUCAGAUAGCAGGAUUAGCUGGUCAUGCACUUAACAAGAUUGGCCGAAUUACGGGUCUGGAUCCGGCGGACCCCCUAUUCUCUGGCAAGCCUCUCAAUCGCCGCCUGGACCCCAGUGACGCGACUUUUGUCGAUGUUAUCCAUACAGAUGCCUCCUCCUUUGCAUACACACAAGGAUAUGGGACACACGAUAUCGAGGGCCAUAUCGAUUUCUUUCCGAACGGCGGUGAACACCAGCCGGGAUGCGCUGAGGACCCCGCCAGCAGCGCCCUGCAUAAUCUAUUGCACGGCGCUUUAGGGUCUAUAAGCACUUCUCUGUCGUGUAGUCACAGCAGAGCCCACGACUACUUCAUCGAAUCCAUCAAUUCGCCAUGCAAGUUUUACGCACACCAAUGUUCAAACUUAACAGAGUUUGACGAGGGUCACUGCAUGGGCUGCCCAGACGGCGGCUGCGCAGUGAUGGGGUACGAUGCGGACAUGACAUCUCUUCGUGGGACCUUUUAUUUGAGCACUUCCACCCACAAUCCUUUUUGUGGUCAUGAGUAUAUGAUGGAAAUCGUUAUUUCGCAUUCGAUGGGCGGACACUCGUAUGGGGAAUUCUACGUAAGACUGCUUGGGACUAAAGGACAUAGCGAAGAAAUAAAAUUUUCAAGGCUUAUGCAGUAUUACAUUACGGACUCUGCAGAGAGACACGUGCUUGUCACGCACACAGAUAUUGGAACCCUCAGUGGGGUCAAGGUCAGGUUUGUACGUGGGGAUGGUGUCAAGGCCACUGGCUCACAGCACGAAGUGAUGGUGCGAUAUAUCACGGUCGAAUCCACGGAAAACACCAAUGGAAAAAUUAGAUUUUGUGGACGUGAUGCCCAUAUACACGAGAACCACGUGGCAACUCUUCACUCGACUUCCGGUUGUUAAGAGCAGCAACACGAGUUGGACUUGCAUAGGGUGAAGGAAUGUCAUUUAAUAUGUACAAUGACCAUAAAUUGUUUGAAUCACGAAA